AUUAAGGACAAAAACCACCGAUACACUUGGACCAUUGUGCACUUGGAAGUUGGGUCCCCCAUCCUUCCCUCCCUUCUCUCUGUUUUCUUUUCUGAGAGUCUUUAGUCGAUGCAACUCUAUGUCUGUGCAUAUCCUAAAAUUGCAAACGAACAUGAUAGAAGCUCCUAGUAGCUAAUCCGUAAAUUCUAGGGGUAUGUCCGAAUCUUCCUCGGUGUGAAGCGAGCAAUUAAAAUUAAAAUUGGCACUUCUUCCUUCCUCGGUCUGCUUCCAGUUUUGACACAGCCAAGUGGCUUUAGUUAGUGCUUUUUUACAUAUUCAAUAUACUAAUAAUUAAGACACCAGUGGCAGUGAGUGAGCGGCCCGGAGGGAUCCUUUUCAUUCAGUGUGCUCCAAGCGGUGCAGUGGCCGUAGCCUUAUUGCCGUAGGAAUACUUUCCCACCACAAGCAAAAUGCCCAGACCAAUCUCCCAAGCCACAAACCUCCCUCACUGGUGACCCCGCGGUUCUGUUUUUUCCUCGUCCUUCUCGAGUACAGAUCAUGAUGGCUUCCAGUUCCAGGCAGCCUAUCUCCUUUCAGGCAUUUUUUGAAGACUGGCUGGUCCGCCAACAACGAUUUCUUGAUGAGCUCCUAUCAGCGCAAGAAUCCUCCUCCACCACCAGUAGGAUUGACGACACUGAUGUUGUCGGGGAUCUCAUUGCUCGAGUUCUGGCCCACUAUCAAGAAUACUAUGAUGAAAAAUCCAGGAUGGCCCACAGAAACGUUUUUCUUGCAUUCUCUCCGACCUGGUUUACUCCCCUGGAAAGAACUUUCCUUUGGAUUGCGGGGUUCAAGCCCGGAUUAGUGUGCCGUCUGGCUCUUGGCUCCUUGGACGAUCUGACGGAGGAUCAAAUCCACAGAAUCAAUGGACUGAGCCGGGAGACGAAUUGGCAAGAGAAAUUGUUGGAUCAAAAGAUGGCCAAGAUCCAGGAGAGCGUGGCUUCACCACCGCUGGUGGACCUGGCGAGGAGCGAAGGAAUGCAAAAUCAAUCCGCUACUGGCAGCGAUAUUGAUGACGUGGACAAUCGGAUAGAGCCUCUAAAAUCUGCCAUGCAAAAUAUCCUGCGGGAUGCAGACGGGUUGAGGACCAGGACAGCCGAAACGAUGGCUGGAAUACUAUCUCCCCUUCAAAAUGUAAGGUUCUUGUCAGCGGCUGCUCGGCUGCAGUUUAGGAUUCGGAUGCUCGGCUUCCAGAGAGAGGCAGAUAGGCAGCGCGGUUCCACAACUAAUGGCUGGUAGAUUUUUACCCCAGAAGUAAUCUAACUAAAAAAGGAUUCGGGGUUGAAGCAGUAAUCGGCGUGUUCUUUUCCUUUUGUUCUUUUCUUUUUUUUUUUUGGUAUGGAAAUUUAGACUUUUUAGACGUGGGCUGCCAGAAAUGAAUAAGAGAUUGGCAUUCCCCCCGGGGGUCCCCGCCACCCUCUUUUGAUAGUGUUUCCUUCCAAAACGGGAAAAGGUAAUUUUGCAUGCGGUAGGUUCCCCGGUUUGGAACCGCCUUAAGUUUGUCCGUCUCUUGUCGCAUGUUGCUUCUUAGUUAGUAGCAGGCUUGUUGUCAA